AUGGCAGACCAACCCCCAUCACCACCACCACCGCCCCCACCGGAACAAGACAGCGCCAUGUCCGACGCUGAUAAAGUGAGCCCCAACCGCCCGCUCAAGAGACCCGCUGACGAGCAUAUCGCGCAGAUCCGUGCAAAGCGACUUGCGAAGCUCGGCGGCCCCACGCCUCCAGGCCCUUCACGAACGCCAUCGACGGCUCUAGAUGCCUCAACACCCAGCAGCUCCUCACCCAAGCCCACAGAGGUCGACGCUUCAGCACAGCAGCCACCUCAGACUCAAGCGACACCACCCCCGAACCCCUUCUCGCAGCUAGGCAUAAAGACCGACGACGCACCCAAAGCCCAAAUCACCAUCAAGCCCAAGCCCGUUCAACGCUCGAGCAGCGGCACAUUGUCGCGGCCUGCCCCAAAGGCCCAGGAAGUGAGCAUAGAAGCGUGGGAAGAUCGAAAUAUCAGCGGCGUCUUCAGGAUAACCCUGGACGAGAACCGUACACACGAUACACAUGGACACAAGCUCUUUUUCGCGGCGGACGCGAAGGGCGACCUCGAAGAUGAGGCCAGGCCGCUCCGCUUUACCACCGAUAUGCUCGACUCAGUCAUACUCGAGUCUGCGUCGAGCCAGUCGCAAGGCAGUGCUUUGCACUAUUUGCUAGGCUGCUGGAAGCGCGUGUCGAAGCUCUUUAAGAGCAUUUCCAACAAGAGCGAUCCCAAGUUCGAAAUUGCCAAAGAGGCCAGACGGCUAUGCUUCAGCUACUGCAUAUUUGCUGCGACUAUGCCGGACAUGUUUGGCGAGGAGACGCCCGCGGAGAAUCCACUGGCCGAGCGUCUACUUCUGGGGCCAGACGAUGAGCACGGCAUCUGCUACGACUUCCUCACCGAGGCUAGCCAGCGCAUAGGCGAAGAUGAGACGAUCAGAGAAGCCCUCGUGGGCGCCAUGGAAGAUCUGAGCCGGAGACUGGCAACAGUCUCCAUGAACGGGGACUACAAGCCUUACAUGCUGAUAUUACGCGUCUUCAUCCGCUUCCCGCCGCUCAUUGCUGCCUUGGGUCAGUCGGAAACGUUCUUGCCAGCCGAUAUUGAAGCUCAGCACAUCGAGACGAGGACUUUCUUAGGCCCUUUCUUCCGCCUGUCUCCAAUGCAGAGUGAGGUCGCACUCAACUAUUUUUCCGGAUCCGCAGCCACGGAUAAAAGCCUCAUUGCAAACGCUCAACGAGCGGUUCGCAUGACGCUCCAAACCCACCAAGAGGAACUGCUCGACAUCACAAACGCCUUCAUCAAGAAUAAGGAAACGCGGGAAAAGAUACUUGACUGGUUUGCGUUGACAGUGAACAAGAACCACAAGAGGCGGGCUAUACAAGUGGACAGCAAGACGGUCUCGUCUGACGGUUUCAUGGUCAACGUUACUGUCAUCCUAGACCGUCUAUGCGAGCCUUUCAUGGACGCAACCUUUUCCAAGAUCGACCGGAUAGAGAUUGACUAUCUGCGUCGAUCACCACGCGUUGACAUCAAGGACGAAACGAAGAUCAAUGCUGACCAACAAACCUCUGAUGAGUUCUACAGCCACAAGGUUGAAGGCACCAACAACUUUAUUAGCGAGGUUUUCUUCCUGACGGUAGCCGCUCAUCACUACGGUACCGAGGCUGCCAACUCCAAGCUGUCUAGUCUGCAAAAGGACGUGAAAUGGCUAGAAAAAGAGCUGGCUAAAAUGGAGCCAGAGCGACACAAGUACAUGUCGAACCCAGUACAAUUACAGGUAUUUGACAACCAUAUUAGAAAAGUCAAAGAUCAGAUCGAGCGGGGCAAAUGCAGCAUUCUGGCAAUUCAGGGCGUCUUGCUUGACGAGACCACCCAGGCUCGCUCUAUGCAGUUGAUGCGGUACGUCAUAGUCUGGUUACUGCGACUUGUGUCCCCAGGAGCGUCUUUUCCAAAGAAAGAGCUUCAACUGCCGCUCCCCAGCGAGCAACCCGUGGAAUUCAUGUGCCUGCCAGAGUACUUUGUUGAGGACAUUGUCGGGAACUUCAAGUUCAUCACCCGUGUGAUGCCACAUAUCAUCACCACCACCCAAUGUGAGGAGCUGGUGAAGAUCUGCAUUGCGCUCUUGAGGAGCUCAGAGUAUAUCAAGAACCCGUACCUCAAGUCUGGCCUUGUCACCAUCCUCUUCUUCGGUGUGUGGGAGAUUCCUGGUCGAUCCAAGGGAGUGCUGGGCGACACUCUCUUUGCACAUCCCUUCGCCAUGCAGCACCUGCUCCACUCCCUCAUGAAGUUCUAUAUAGAGUGUGAGAGCACAGGUGCCCACACGCAGUUCUACGACAAGUUCAACAUCCGCUACGAAAUUUUCCAAGUCAUCAAGUGCAUCUGGCCAAACACCGUCUAUCGGGAUAACCUCGCAACCGAGGCGCGGGUCAAUCUUGAAUUCUUCGUUCAAUUCGUCAAUCUGUUGUUGAAUGAUGUCACAUUCGUCUUGGACGAGUCAUUUACUGCUUUCAAGGACAUUCACGAGAUCUCGAAGGUGCUGAAGAAUCCACCGGCAGAUAUGGAUCAGAACGAGCGACAAGAGCAAGAAGAGAAGCUCUCGGCCGCGCAAGGCAAAGCCAAGAGCUACAUGCAGUUGACGAACGAGACGGUCGCCAUGUUGAAGCUGUUCACCGAAGCGCUCGCGGACUCAUUCACCAAGAAAGAGGUCGUCGUUCGACUAGCACACAUGUUGGAUUAUAACCUGGAAGCCCUAGUGGGUCCAAAGAAGUCUAACCUCAAGGUGGAGAACCCGGAAGAUUAUGGAUGGAACCCGCGAAACAUGCUGGCUGAAGUGACAGAUGUGUACCUAAAUCUCCAGAGCAAGCAGUCUUUUAUUGACUCUGUUGCUACAGAUGGACGCUCAUACCGCGCGGAGUACUGGGACGAAGCCUACAAGAUCCUACAGCGCUUCAAGCUCAAGUCGCCCGAGCAGAUGCAAGAGUGGCAGGACAUGGCUGAGCGCAUUAAGACUGCGAAAGACCUGGCAGAUUUGGAAGAAGCCGAUCUCGGAGACAUUCCAGAGGAGUACACGGAUCCUAUCUUGGCCACACUUAUGGAAGACCCGGUCACCUUACCUAUCAGCAAGAUCGUCGUUGACCGAAGCACAAUCCAGAGCCAUCUUCUCAGCGACCCGCACGAUCCUUUCAACCGCACACCACUCACAAUCGACGACGUAAUUCCCAACACACAGCUGCAAGAAGAGAUUCAGAGCUGGAAAGCCAACUUGCUCGCCCAGAAGAUGGCGGAGCGUAAGGCUGCUGCCGCCGGCGACGCCAUGGAUACAUCUUAA